UGGUGGUGUAAACAAUAAAACAGCCGGUGCUAAUAAUAACCCAGUUCCCAACUACCAAAAUAUAUUGGGCUUAAAGCCGACGGGCUCUCAAUUGCUUUCUCGACGUUUGAUUUUUCCACCGCCGGUCAUCCGUGUACUACCGGUCAACGCUCAACUUCCUCGACGUAAAUAGGCCUCCGAUAAAGCAACGUAGUUCAACAAGAUAAUCACGACUCUCGCCACUUUUUGAACCAUUUUAACUGUCUCCAAAAGACGAUAACUAUCUAGAAAGUUACUUAGGGUUUACGGUUAAAAUCAUGGAUGUCCAGAAAAGAAGGAUUCGGUUAUUCGUUAUUGUUGCCGCUGUUAUUGCUCUUAGCAUCACUGCUGAAAAAUGCAGGGAGCUUAUUGGCGAGGAGGGGUCAUCUCAAAGUGGAAAGUUCACGUUAUUAAACUGCUUUGACAUGGGCUCUGGAACUAUGGCAUGUGCUGUCAAGGAAGGCGUGAAGCUCUAUUUUUACAGUAUUAGAUCUACUCACGUUGAAAAAGCAAGGCAACGGGCAAUCGAGUCUGCCCUUGCCGAUGCUGUUAGUCAAGGGAUGUCCCCAACAGAUUCAGCUAAACAUGCACAGAAAGAAAGUAAAAAGGCAGCAAAAUUGGCUUCCCGUCAAGCCAAACGGAUUAUUGGUCCCGUCAUCUCUUCUGGAUGGGACUUUUUUGAAGCUAUUUACUAUGGUGGUACACUCACAGAAGGGUUCCUUAGGGGUACUGGUACUUUGUUUGGUGCUUAUGGGGGAGGAUACCUGGGGGAGCAGAGCCUUGGCAGAAUUGGCUAUCUUGUUGGAAGUCACAUGGGCAGUUGGGUUGGUGGCAGAAUAGGACUAAUGAUUUAUGAUGUUGUUAAUGGAGUGCAUUUGCUGUUACAAUUUGUUCAAACAGGUGAAAUUGAAGUUCAUAAAACACCGGCUACUGAAAAUUUUGAUGCUCCUGAUACUUCCUUUGAUGGCGAAGUUCCUGAUUUUGAAAGCUCUGAAAGUGCCGGUUUGUAUGAAUCACCUACCUCUGAAAGUUCCAGUUAUGAAUCACCUCGCCCUGAAAGUUCUAGUUUAUAUGAAUCAGCUCCCAGUAAAGAAUCCAAUGCUUAUGAAUCUACUGAGUAUCAAGACUAUGAGUCAUAUGAAAAUUCUGAACUGUGAUGAAAAUUUGAAGCUCAUAUAUUGACAUUUGUUCAAAAUGUAGAUGGAUUUCAACUUCAAUGUCUUUGCUUCAGCAUAGUAUGUAUAAAUUUCACUAUUUCUUUAAAACAUAAAUGCACAUUCCACAGCACAUAUAUUUUGUCUUA